AGGUACAGAGUCUCGGGCCAAUAUAAUAAGCUUUGGCUUUUCUUUGGCUUUUUUUCCCCCUUUACACUCGCAUUUCAGUUCAAAUGUACCUCAACAUCAUGGCAUUUGCCAGCAAAACUUCAUUAUAGUGAAUCCACGUUGUCAUUUUGUCUUCACAGGUGAGGAGUUCUACGAAACCUCUCCCUACGAGCCAGAUUCAUUCCGUCUAGGCUCCAUCCUCUCAGGCAUGCACUCCUCCACCCUGAGGGCCAGCACACACUGCCUGGACUCCACCCGGCCUUGCAACCCCUGCCUGGACGCCACCAAAGCCUGCAACCUGAACGAAACGUGCAGGCGCCAGCGCUCGGCUUACAUCGACACCUGCAACAAGGGCCCGCAGGAUGGCUGCAACCGCAAGCGCUGCCACAAGUCCCUGCGGCAGUUUUUCGACCGCGUGCAGACCGAGCACAGCUACGGCCUGCUCUUCUGCUCAUGCCCCAACAACGCCUGCGCCGAGCGCCGACGCCAGACCAUCGUGCCGUCGUGCUCCUUCGAGGAGAAGGCCAAGCCCAACUGCCUGGAGCUCCGGAGGACGUGCCGUCUUGACCCACUCUGCAGGUCCAGACUGGCAGACUUCCACAAAAACUGUCAAAUGACACCGGUCCAACAGUUGUCCAACAGCUGUCCUAAUGAAGACUACCAGGCCUGCCUUGCCGCAUAUGUCGGCCUCAUUGGAACUGACAUGACCCCCAACUACAUGGACUCCACUCCCACUAACUUUACCAUCUCGCCCUGGUGCUCGUGUCGUGGCAGUGGGAACCAGGAAGAAGAGUGCGAGAGGUUCCUGCAGGACUUCAGAGAGAACACCUGCCUCCGAAAUGCCAUCCAGGCAUUUGGUUAUGGUACCGACCGGCCCAAGCCUGCCACCGUACCACCCACGACCUUGAAGCCGGACCAGGAGGUGAGCGUGGGCGUUACCAAGACAACACAGUCCGCAAAAGAGAGGAAGCCAGACGAUGAUCCCUGUGCUUUUCCAACCUGCAAUGACCUGGAAUAUGGAGAAAAAUGCAAUCCAGCCUGUGGAAGCGAGGAGCCACCAAGACCCCGGAUGGAGCCCAAGGACCCAGAGAACCGCUCUGUAGGCCUCAGAGCCCAUGCCUGGCUGUGGAUCACCUGCCUCACCCCUCUGCUGGGAAUCCUCACUCUGUAAACAAACAAACAAACAAACACGUAAACAAGGACCAGGGAAUGUUUUGUAUGGGCCAGGCAGCAGCGAGAGGAUAUGGCAGAAUGAAGCACCCCCCCGCCCACCCCCACCUCCAACUCCAAACCUACUCCCACCCAACCUCCCACAUCUCACCCUCCCAAGAGGGACCUUCAGACACCAAACAAACUCUUUAUCUCCUGUGUGCUGCCUCAGCUUCCUCCCUUCCUUCCUCUCUUUCUUUCAAUGACCAAGAUGAUGGAUGGAGAGAGGCAGACAGACUGACAGACUGACAGUCUGUGAGAAAGCCCUUGUGUUACAUAUCGAAGACUUGCUGCUGCCCUGCCACCAUCGCUGAAAGAACGAGAGAGAGAGAGAGAGAGAGAAAGAGUGAGUGGGGGAGGAGAGAGAACAAUGUGAGUGAUUUGAAAGAGGAGUGAAAGUGACACAAAAAGAGUAUGAACAAGAAAGAGAAGGAGAGAGUGAGAUGUUGGGAGAGCGAGAGCAAGCAAAACUGAGAACUGAGUGAAGGAUUGAAUGAAUGAAUGCAUGAAUGAAUGACUGUGUGAAUGAAGGAAGGAGAAGAUAAGCAAAGAAUGGUUGUUGUCCAUGCCAUCUCAUAGAUUCCAAAGUGGAAGGAGGCCUUGGGUUUUAUCGACUCUGAGAAAGAGAGAGAGAGAGAGAGAGAGAGAGAGAAAGAGAGAGCAUCAUGCCUCUGCUGCCUAGCAGACCUCUUACUGACAGACUUAUGGUGUCUCACUAGCGGACUCCUCCAAUACAGUAUUCUGCUUCCCAAACUGCCGGAACAGGUACACCUCCAAGUCUCAGCUUCUCAUCAACAACCUCUUCAUUUCUCUAUACCCUUCUUUUUUUUUACAAUCAGUUGACUUUCGGAAUCUUUAUUUUACCAUCACUCCCGCCUGAGUCACAAUUGGAUUUUCCCCCUGGAUCAACACCAAGGCUUUCCCCGUGUUCAUCAAGCUUCUCUAAGUUUUUUUUACUUUUUUCUUAAUUUAUUGUUAUUCCAGAGCCACAAGUGGAUAAUCAUUGUUUUUGUGUUGGUCUUUUUGAAAAGCAAAUGUAUUUUUUUGAACUUGUCAAAGAGGGGACUUUAUGAGGGGCCUAGAUGCUCCAUUUUAUUGCUGUAUUGUGUCAACAGAUUAUUUAAAGGAAAAAGAAGGAAAAACAUAAUUGAAAAUCUAUAAUGAUCAAAGGGAAACCAUGUAAAAAACUGAACCUCACUUGUUAAGCUGUCAUUGUUAGAAAAAAUGGGUGAAGGAUUCAUACAGCCACCCAUGGAUGUAUAAUUUUUCUUUUCUUUUCUGUGACUAUAGAAACUUUCUUUCCUUCUUGUACAAAUGUUAAUAUUAUAUACUUUCUUUAAGGAACAUGUUAAGGUGGAAAAGAUAUUGAUUUUAGGUCAGGAGCUUUGGGAACAAAUCUUGAUAUAAAAGGAAACACAAAGUUUAUAUGAAAAUGAGACUUGGGCAGCCAUUUUGAAUAUUCUCACCCACCAUGUUUAAAAAAAAAAAAGUCUAUACACCAAGACGAUAGAAAAAGAACACCAUUCUGUGGAAACCUAAUUGUUAGUGUGUAAUAUAGUGUGCAAUUUCUCAUGUGGCCUUAUUAUAACCCUACCCAAGAAUCUCCAGUGUGAAGAUCCAGUUCCUACAGUCAAAAAAUGGGGGAGAGCCAUAUAAAUAAGAUGGAUGAUCAACUUAAAGAAAGACUUAAAAAAAAAAACUUUGUUGUUUCAAAAUGUUUUAAAUGUUUCAAGAAUAGUGUAUCUGCUUCACUAACAGCAUCAGUAAAUGCACUAGAUAUAACUCUCGUAUUAACAUUCCAACACUGAACUCAAGUCAAGUGGUGGGCACGGCAGGGUGACAUCGAGGUGAGGGAGAGUUUUUUUGUGAAUGGUGUGGGAGCACUGUUUACUGUUUGUGUCUCUGGCUUGCUCAACUUGCAUAGGCUACUGACCCCAUAAAAGCCAAGCGAAACGCACUUCAAUAAAUACCAAUUACUGACAUGCUCAUCGACAGAUUUUUUGGAAUAAAAGAAAAAAGAAUGUACUAUACUGUGGGUGGUUCAGGGGAAGUGAGAAGGAAGAUGAAUCUGAAACCACUGCGUGAUUGUACGGUUCAUUGUAAAUUUAUUGAUGACAUGAUGAAGCAGAAUACAUAAAUAUAUCAUCGUUCCACACAG